GUCAGUUUACAUUUAGAGAGUGUUCCAGCAGCUAGUAUCUAAGAUUGACUAUUCUAAAAUGAAGACCCUCUCAACACUCAUCCUCCUCACAACUUUAUUCACAUCAUCACUCACCCUCAACAUCACAUGCCGGUUCACAACCAAAAAAGGUGACUAUGCCUGUACAGUCACUAAAAUCGUAGCUUCAUCACCAACAGACACAACAGUUACAUCAGUUGAUGGACGUCAGCAGAAAGACAAAACCACGGACGAUGUGAAAAUCUUUGAAGCUCGCGGGAAAAAUCUUAAAAGAUUUCCAUUGGAACUGGGAGCAUUCUUGCCAAAUUUAGAGGUUAUAGCAAUUGAAAGAGGAUUGACUGAAAUCCAUAAGGAGGAUCUUGAACAGUUUCCAAGUUUGAGAAAGUUGUACCUUAGCAAAAAUGAAAUUCAAGACAUCGAAUCUGAAUUAUUUGUCAACAAUCCAGAACUUGAGUUGAUUUUCUUGGGAAAUAACAAGAUUAAGUCAGUCGCAGCUGAAGUCUUUGAUGGAUUAGAGAAUCUACAGCAUUUAGGAUUUGAGAGGAACAAGUGCUUUACAGCAGCUGUUGAGAAUAACCGCGAUGGAGUUCUCAAGCUUAUUCAGAAUAUUUAUCAAAAGUGCAGUACGGCUGCUGUGUCGAUAGGAUCUAGUAUAGGUGCUGCAGCUGGCACAACAACCAUCAACUCCACAACAGUUGAGUCAACAGGUGAAGAAGAAGAGAUACCUGAAGAAACUGAGGAAGAAGCUAUCAAGAUGAGCUGAGCUGUUAUAAAAAUUGAAUAAAAAUUUCAAAACUAGUUUAAUUUGUGCUUAUUAACUCCAUUUAACCAGGCGAGUAGCUAGGAGGGUAUUGUCCCCCUCUUAAGCGUUUUAGGCUGUGCUCUCGCUGAGUUUCAAAACGUCUAAGGGG